CCAAGGCUGUUCCGCCUUGCUCGCUGGCUGCAUGCCCCCGCCCCUCUGCGUAACCUGGCGUCCCUCGUCACGUGACGCCCGGCAGUGCCGCGAAGGAUCGGCGGUGGCUCUCGCUCCUGCUGACACGGUCUGCGCACGGGUGAUCCCCGCCGAAUGAAGCGCACUGAGGCGUGAUGGCGAGGGCCUAGGGGAAGGCGCAGACAGGCCUGGACGCCGCCUGUAGCUGCCUUCGGCCUCCCGGCCUCUGCGCUCUUUCCUGCGCCGUUGCUAGGCAGCCGCAUCUGGGCGCGGGAGGCAGGGCGGGCUAAUGCGGAAAGGUACGGGUGCCGGGGAGGGGCUGUGAUUGCAGAGGGUCCGGGUGUCUGGCAGAGGGCUAUGGAGCAGUACUGCAUCCUGGGCCGCAUUGGGGAGGGCGCGCACGGCAUCGUCUUCAAGGCCAAGCACGUGGAGCCGGGGAUGGGCCUGCAGUGUCUGCGUCCUGUCAAACAGACUGGAGAGAUCGUUGCCCUCAAGAAGGUGGCCCUGCGGCGGCUGGAGGAUGGCAUCCCCAACCAGGCCCUGCGGGAGAUCAAGGCCUUGCAGGAGAUCGAGGACAGUCAGUAUGUGGUACAGCUGAAGGCCGUGUUCCCGCAUGGCGCAGGCUUCGUGCUGGCCUUCGAGUUCAUGCUGUCAGAUCUGGCUGAGGUGGUGCGCCACGCCCAGAGGCCGCUGACCCAGGCGCAGGUCAAGAGCUACCUGCAGAUGCUGCUCAAGGGGGUCGCUUUCUGCCAUGCCAACAACAUUGUACAUCGGGACCUGAAACCAGCCAACCUGCUUAUCAGUGCCUCGGGCCAGCUCAAGAUAGCGGACUUUGGCCUGGCCCGGGUCUUUUCCCCAGAUGGCAGCCGUCUCUACACGCACCAGGUGGCCACCAGGUGGUACCGAGCCCCUGAGCUCCUGUAUGGUGCCCGCCAGUAUGAUCAGGGUGUCGACCUGUGGGCUGUUGGCUGCAUCCUGGGGGAGCUGUUGAACGGGUCCCCCCUUUUCCCAGGGGAGAAUGACAUUGAACAGCUUUGCUGUGUGCUUCGAAUCUUGGGCACCCCCAGUCCUCAAGUCUGGCCGGAGAUCAAGGACCUCCCUGACUACAACAAGAUCUCCUUCAAGGAGCAGGCUCCCGUGCCCCUGGAGGAGGUGCUGCCCGAUGCCGCUCCCCAGGCCUUGGACCUGCUGGGGCAUUUCCUCCUCUACCCUCCACGCCAGCGCAUUGCAGCCUCCCAGGCCCUCCUGCACCAGUACUUCUUCACAGCUCCCCUGCCUGCCCACCCCUCGGAGCUGCCGAUUCCUCAGCGCCCAGGGGGACCUGCCCUCAAGGCCCCCCCAGGACCCCCCCACGUCCAUGACUUCCACAUGGACCGGCCUCUCGAGGAGUCGCUGUUGAACCCGGAGCUGAUUCGGCCCUUCAUCCUGGAGGGCUGAGACGUU